AAUAAAAUUAAUUGUCAAAGUCAAUGUAUGAUGGUAGUAUGUUAUUGAAAAAUAACUUAAAAUUAAAAUUUUGAUGAAUAUGCUAUAUAGAGCAAAACUUUAAUUAUCAGGUUUUUUAGAUUUUAUUAACGUAUGUGUACUUACACCUAAAAUGGCGAGUUCAAUAAUUUUAGCUGGCUUAGGUAUGGCUGCAGUUGGAUUUGCAGGUCGCUAUAUUUUGCGACAAAUGCCAAAUGCAUCUGUGAAGUUUGCGGAAGCUUUGAAGAAUUUACCCAAAUUUGAUACAGAAAGUUUAGCUAAUUCAAAGUUUUAUAAAGGAGGAUUUGAGCCGAAAAUGACUAAAAGAGAAGCAUCCUUAAUACUAGGCGUUAGCCCUACAGCAAAUAAAGCUAAGAUACGUGAAGCUCACAGACGAAUAAUGUUACUCAACCAUCCAGAUAAAGGUGGGUCACCGCUUAUUGCUGCUAAAAUCAAUGAAGCUAAAGAUGUACUUGAAAGUGGAAAAUCAUAAUACUGUUUUUAAUUUAGUUUACAUAAUUAAUUUAGUGUAAUAAAAUAUAGUUAGCUAUUCAAAAACUAAAAUUGAACAUAUUGCUAGUUUAUGAAGUAGAAUAUUAGUAGAAGACCAUUUAAAAGUAAAAGUUGCAAAUAUUAAGAGUGACAAAAUGAAAAAUAUUUAAUAAAGUUGAUUUGUUCAAAUAAUAAAUAGUUGUAAGUAAUUGAAU